UAGUAGCGUAGCCAAUUAAAAUGCAGGAUUUGCAUUAGUCCACUAGUUGGGUGAUACUAAUAGAGGAGAGUACAUUAGCCAACAUUAGUCCCGGUGGUACUGUAUCCUAUGCCAUAUAUGGAUGUGCUCGUCACGGAAUCUGUCUGCUCAAGCUGAGGAACACGUGACGAGCGAAAUGCUGAUGGUGAUCUGCAGUAAUUUGUUUUAAAGUAAGGGAAAAUCUUUUUUUCUGUACUAAUCUCCAUGUAUAGAUUGUUUUUGCACCAUUUUCUGUCCAUGGCAUUAGCCCCAAUCGGCGGUAACCUUCCUACUCCAUGCAGAGAGUCAUCAUAGAGUUUCAUGCGUGACGACCAAGACUGAGCAGUCAGUCAGCACGGUCGUCGUUCAGCGGAUUUUAACAUGUCGCGCAACAUGCAGGAAGCGUCGGCGCAAUCAUACCCUGUGGAGGGCGAAAUGAAGUGAUUUGAUUUGCGUGGUAAAUGUAUUCAACCGUUCCUCCUCCACAACAAGGUACUUCUGGCAUUGAAUGUGACGGUGGAAAAGAGAAAGAAGGUCCUCCGCGCGGAAUAUCGGAAGAAAAAUGGCAGAAAUUUCAGCAAUUGAGAGAACGUAGAAUCAAAUGCUGCAAGCUUUCAACAGAGAAGAGACUUAAAGACAUAAAGAAGAAAGCAACAAAAUCAGUUUUGGAUAACCUGACAAGUGAUGUGGAAAUUGCAGUACUUCGUGACCAAGGUGUAAUCCAGCAAGGACACAAUAAACACAAACCAAACAAAUCAUCCCAUCAACUAGAAAAAUCUUUGAGCAAGAGGGGCUGCUUGCAGUCUACCCAAUGAAUUUGACUACCAAAAUAAUAGACCUCA